AGAUCCGCCUGCCUCUGUCUCCCCAGUACUGGGAUUAAAGCUGUGCACCACCACCCAGCCACCCCUCCCUUUUUGACAGCCGAGGAAACAGACUCACAGAGGUGAUGGCACAAAGAUGGGUGGAGCCAGGCCCAAUGCAUUGCCUUCUCUUCCUGCUUGACAGACCUGUGCCUCCUAUAGUGGGUCACAUGCCCGGAACCUCAGGGCAGUCUGCCCUGGCCAGGUGAAGAAGCGGGGAGUAGGAGAGAAAGGCCCCACUCUGGACAGCUGCACCCAGUGGCUGAAGCAAGAAUCACCCACCCUUCUGCCUCACCCACUCCAGAAGCUUCUCUACAAGCAGGAGCAGCCAAGCAGACCAGCCCCCUCUCAAAGUGGCUUCCCAAAGCGGGGACACACAGGCCUGACAGCUCAGCAGUGUGAGGUGAGGUGACUGCAGCCUGUGGUGAAUCUGAACUCCUCAGAGGGGUAAUAGACCCCCCCCCCCCCAGAUGCAGCCUGAGUGGCUCUCUCUCAGCUCUGUCACGCAAGAGUGCUCUCUGCACUGAGCCAUUCUGCCAAGUGACUUAAAGGGAUUUAAAAAGAAAGGAAAAAAAGAACCUUGGUAAAGAAAAAAGGGGCAACAGCCCCACAAAGGCAUUUCAGGAGAGGUGUGGCCCGAGGACUGAGCCCCAAAGUUACAAAGAGCUGCGGGGGAAGUGGUGGCCCGCGAGAGGCCACACUCCCCGGGGGCCGGCACUGGGCUGUGGGGCAUGCCCUGCUCAGGAGUCCCCGGGGGUGCACACAGAACACAUACCUCUCACUCCAGAGAGCCAAGCCUGCAGUGCCUGUGCCUGGGGUGCCAAAGAUGCUACUUGGGGCCUGCAGCCACAUCUGAAGCCUAACCACAAGCAAAACGUCAAGACCUUAUUCUCUGUGUGCCUCAUUGUUCCUGCUCUGCCCCGGAGGUGCCGUCUGUGGUUCUGGGUUUGUUGAUGACAUGGGACAAGGCAUGUGAGCGUGGCCUGGAACUGUGAAGCAGUGAUCCCAUUGGGACCCAGUGGCUCCAGGGAACAGCAGCAGAGGAGGUAUUGAGGCUCCAGGUUAGGUGGGUCAGACCUCCACCAGCUGUCCACCAUGGUGGUGGCACACCCUACUGCCACCACUACCACCACACCUGCUGCCACCAUCACAGCCACUGUUGUGAUGACCACGGCCACCAUGGACCUGCGGGACUGGCUGUUUCUCUGCUAUGGGCUCAUUGCCUUCCUCACGGAGGUCAUCGAUAGCACCACCUGCCCAUCAGUGUGCCGCUGUGACAAUGGCUUCAUCUACUGCAACGACCGGGGACUCACAUCCAUCCCCUCAGACAUCCCUGAUGAUGCCACCACCCUCUACCUACAGAACAACCAGAUCAACAAUGCAGGCAUCCCUCAGGACCUCAAGACCAAGGUCAAAGUGCAGGUCAUCUACCUGUAUGAGAACGACCUGGAUGAAUUCCCCAUCAACCUGCCCCGCUCCCUUCGAGAGCUACAUCUACAGGACAACAAUGUGCGCACCAUUGCCAGGGACUCAUUGGCUCGCAUCCCGCUGCUGGAGAAGCUGCACCUGGAUGACAACUCCGUUUCCACCGUGAGCAUCGAGGAGGACGCUUUCGCCGACAGCAAGCAGCUCAAGCUACUUUUCCUGAGCCGGAACCACCUAAGCAGCAUCCCAUCGGGGCUGCCGCACACGCUGGAAGAGCUGCGGCUGGAUGACAACCGCAUCUCCACCAUCCCACUGCAUGCAUUCAAGGGUCUCAACAGCCUGCGGCGCCUAGUUCUGGAUGGCAACCUGCUGGCCAACCAGCGCAUUGCUGACGACACCUUCAGCCGCCUGCAGAACCUCACAGAGCUGUCACUGGUGCGCAACUCGCUGGCUGCCCCGCCCCUCAACCUGCCUAGUGCCCACCUGCAGAAGCUCUACUUGCAGGACAAUGCCAUCAGCCACAUCCCCUACAAUACGCUGGCCAAGAUGAGGGAGCUGGAGAGGUUGGACUUGUCCAAUAACAAUCUCACCACACUGCCUCGAGGGCUGUUUGAUGACCUGGGGAACCUGGCACAGCUGCUUCUCAGGAACAACCCCUGGUUCUGUGGCUGUAACCUCAUGUGGCUUCGGGACUGGGUGAAGGCACGGGCUGCAGUGGUCAAUGUGCGGGGCCUCAUGUGCCAGGGCCCUGAGAAGGUCCGGGGCAUGGCCAUCAAAGACAUCACCAGCGAGAUGGACGAGUGCUUUGAGGCGGGGUCACAGGGCAGUGCAGCGAAUGCAGCUGCCAAGACCACAGCCAGCAACCAAGCCGCUGUCACCACGCCCCAGGGCUCUCUGUUUACUCUCAAGGCCAAGAGGCCAGGACUGCGCCUCCCUGACUCCAACAUUGACUACCCCAUGGGCACCGGUGAUGGUGCCAAGACAUUGGUCAUUCAGGUGAAGCCACUGACAGCAGACUCCAUCCGAAUCACAUGGAAGGCCAUGCUACCUGCCUCCUCUUUCCGGCUCAGUUGGCUGCGCCUGGGCCAUAGCCCAGCUGUGGGUUCUAUCACAGAGACCCUGGUGCAGGGGGACAAGACAGAAUACUUGCUGACGGCCCUGGAGCCCAAAUCCACCUACAUCAUCUGCAUGGUCACCAUGGAAACUGGCAACACCUAUGUGGCUGAUGAGACACCUGUGUGUGCCAAGGCAGAGACGGCUGAUAGCUACGGCCCUACCACCACACUCAAUCAGGAACAGAAUGCUGGCCCUAUGGCAGGGCUGCCCCUGGCUGGCAUCAUUGGUGGUGCUGUAGCUCUCGUCUUUCUCUUCCUGGUCCUUGGGGCCAUCUGCUGGUAUGUGCACCGGGCUGGUGAGCUGCUGACCCGAGAGAGGGUCUACAACAGGGGCAACAGGAAAAAGGAUGACUACAUGGAGUCAGGGACCAAGAAAGAUAACUCCAUUUUGGAAAUCCGAGGUCCAGGACUGCAGAUGCUACCCAUCAACCCGUACCGCUCCAAAGAGGAGUACGUGGUGCACACCAUCUUCCCCUCCAAUGGCAGCAGCCUCUGCAAGGGCGCCCACACUAUUGGCUACGGCACCACACGAGGCUACCGGGAUGGCGGCAUCCCUGAUGUGGACUACUCCUACACAUGAAGCCGGCCACCCCCGGUGUGCUCACGUGGCUCUGUCUAGCCCGCUGCAAUACCAGGAGCCAGGAAGAGAAACUCCACAAUGACUUUCCCAGCAGAAAGCAAAGUUUGGGGAGGGUUGGUGAACACAAUAGUGGGAUUAAAAAAAAAAUUAAACACAUAGAAAGCAAGAGGGAAAUUCAACAUUGUUGGAGACAUAAUUCGUAAUUUAUACCAGAUCAUGAGCGUGAAGGGUUGGAUUGGGACUUUUUUUUUUCCCUGAACCAGAGUGAUACUACCUGUACAACAUUCGUGUACACCUCAAGCUCCAUUCAGGGCCGUCAGAGAGCAUCAGGUGACAGAUGGAUGGGAUGGCAUGGAGCCCCCCACGCACCCCCUGCCGGCUGCUCACACUGACAGCUCAAUGAAAGGUUUUGGGGUUUUUCACAAAAGAGCCCGGGGAAGAAGACUUUGCUACGGAGCUACUGUCCUGACAUCUCUUCCCUGGCUCUUUCCAUGCUCUUUUCUUUCCAGAUCUGGAGAAAUAUGGCGUCCUCCAUGGUAUUCUUCGAACAAUACCAUAGUCAAUUAAAAGAAAAAAAGAAAAAAACAGUCAAACUUUUCCUUCCAAUGCCGAGCACUUCGGUUCCAUUCACCGUACUCCGUAGAAGCUCUGAGGAAAGCCAUAGCUUUCCCUGGCGCGUGGAGGUGCGUCUGUCUGCCCGCCUGUUGCCAUGUCACGUGUCCCAGUACAGAUGGGUAGAUAGAGCUGCGUGUCUGUCCUCUCAGAACCUUUGGGUCAGUCCUUGACAUUUCCUCAGAUGACAGAAUUGCAAAAAGUUUGCUUUCUCCUAGAAACCAUUCAGUAAGUAAACCAUGUGUGGGAUGAGAGUGAGGUGGAGGGGAGGGCCUCAGCCCGGGUGGAGGGAUUGCUGUUUCUUAGAGGCACUGGUAUCAGCAUCCCAGUGGAGUUAGGAAGAAUUGGCUGAGGAUGCUUUGGAGUCCAUCCUGUGUCACCCUGCCCAGAGCCAGGCCACUCUCCUUCCUGCUAUGGAGAAAAGCUUUCCUUGAUCCUUCCCCAUAGAUCCUGUCCCCACGAUAGUGUUUACUCUUUCUCCUGGGACAGGUAAUUAGUGCAGGGACUGUUUAUAAAUAUAUGUGUCACACACACACAUCAGCUGGCUAGACCUAUUGGUUUCCAUGGCUGCUCAAACAAAGCCCAGAAAAAAGAAAAAAAAUUUUCAGAAAAUCCCUGGGAGACACACACACACACACACACACACACACACACACCUCAGCCAUGCCCACACCAGGGGCUCUGUUCUCAAGAGGGAAAAAAAUCAGAUUUCUUUGUAAAAUGCAUCAACCUCUAGAAGGGUACUGACUGGGGCCCUGGGAAGAGCUCAGAUUUUAUUCCCCCCCCUGUGGAAUCAAUGCCGUUAUCAUUUAUCAACGGACACCACAGUGUGGUGAGCCAUGAGAUUAAAACGAUGAUAAAAUAAUGACAGCAAAUCCAGAAAGGAGGAAAGAGCGGGGCCUGCGGUUCUGAUGUCUGCUUCGUCCUAUACUCGGGGAGCCCGGGUCACCAUCUGUCAAUGUGUUGCUUUGCCCUGCACUGGAGAAAAAAAGUCAUCAAAGGAAGACACUGGUCCGAGGGCAGCGGAUGAGAAGGGGUCCAGCUCCUGAUAGUGGUGUUUUCAAAAGACCUCUGCCAAAGACCUCUGCCACUCUGUUCAAAGCAAAGGCAGGAAGAAGCGGCUAGACAGCUGCCCGAAGUGUACCUGGGGGGCCAUUCUCUUGCUGGACAUUAAAGAGCCAACUGGUCCUUCAGUGAAGAGAUGAGAUUGAAAGAAAUGGACCCAGCAGGUGCUCCAGAGUAGUGGAAAGGGGUACAAGCUCCUAAUCAGAACCCAAGGGGUCAUCAUACCAAAUGGAGACCCCAGCCCACCAGCCCCAGGGUGUGGCCGAGGGGUGUGGACAUGGAUCAUUCCAAAGGAGACCUCUCUUCUCUCUUCAUCCCAAGUCAUUUUCCCACAUAAUGAGGUCAAGGGAGCCUCAGAUUCAGGUCUGUAUAAAUGUGCGUCCUGGAGCUCAGCUGUCCCCAAUGACCCUAAUAACACCCUAGUUCUGGAAGCUUAGGCAGGCAUGGAGGAGACCCAUCUGUGAGGAACAGCUAUGUGAAGGAGAAUCCAGAUGCUGGGCAGGCAUCAAGGGCACUGUGCCAGCCUUCUUCAGGGCCCCAGGAAAGUAAAACCCCAGAUCCCCACACCUACCUUGCACCUGUAAUCUGCCCUGUCCUCUCGACUUGUCCAUGUUCCCCUAAUUAUCUAUUCCCUGCCCCAGAAGGAUCUGAUCACUUUCUCUGGUGGCCAAGAAAACUCUUAGGAAUGGCAGGUGACCUAGACCCUGGGAACUGCCUGGAAGGCCCUACCUGGAGAUUCAGGAACUUGUGGGCCAAAUGCUAGAGCUGCUUGGGCUGUGGUAAAUUUCUUCCCCCACUGCACUGAUAAGCCUGACUGACGGGCCUUGGCACGCACAGGCACAAUGUCAAAGCUUGGGUGGAGCUCAGUGGAUAUUACACGCAGCUAGAGAGUCCAUGCAUUGCCCCCUAAGGAGCACUAAAUGCUGGUCAGGGUGCGCACUGCCCAGCCAUGGCCCUGCAGCCCCUGAGAGCUUUCCCUAUGUCAUUUCUGCCCUUUUGGGUUUAACAUUUUCCCUGUACCCUUUAUUCUGUGUGUGUUGGGGAUGGGGGAGUCCUAGCGAUUGCGUCCUGCACCUAGUCAUGCAAAGCAAGCACUCCGCCACUGAGCUAGAUCCCCAGAACCCCACUGCCCAGUAUCCCAAGUGUGACCUUUGUCCUAGUUUCCCAAAGCAGACAGAGAACCUGGCUUCUGGCCUCAUGUUACAGUAGAAGUUGAGAUCCUGUCUCAGUGCAGCUGACAUUUCCACAGGGAGGUCUGUGGAGGGCCAGCCUCACCCUCAGUCUCUAACCAGCCGGAACCACCUCAGUGGCCUCAGCCCUGAGGAGUGUAUUCUGUGGCAUUUAAGGCAAGUUUAAAUUAAAAAAAAAAAAAGCCAGCGACACUUCUUUGGUUAAGUGGUUUACCCUUCGUGGUAACUAGAUGCAGCGAUUGGAAUCUCUUUUUCUAUUACACGGCGAUUUUACUUUAAAUUUCCUCUUUAAAAAAAAAUGGGGAAGAAAAGGCAAGGAAGGAGAGGCAGCAGGACCAUAGGCAUUUGCAUUUUGCGAAUGAAGUUUCUGGUAGGCUCAGCUCAGGCGUGGGGCCCAACGUAUGGAAUGCUUAAGAGAUUACUAAGAAUAAAAUCUAUUAAUUAGUCAUACUCAAUUCCACAGACAUGACGUGAAUCAAAAGAUCCCUUUCUUCCCUCAUCUGCAUCCUCUUCCUGAGGAAGCCUCCAUCUUCCCUGAAAGGCUGCCCCCUGGCCCUCCUCCUUAAAUUGGAGCCGUGCUGUGGCCCUGUGUGGGAGAUCCUGCCUUGGGGAGCAGGUGCUGGGACAGUACCCCUUUCUUACCCUGGGCGAUGCUGAUAACCUGGGAGUCCUUCCUACCUUCCCUUCCUGGAGCCAGAAGCCCACCCCUGUUCCAUGCAGCCAUGCCUCUCCUCCUCAGUGGGCAUGAGGUCUCUCAGGAUCCCCUUCCCAGGGUUUCUAGUAGGCUAGCUGCCCAGCUCAGCCCCAGCAAGGAAGCCAGGAUCCUAUUAUGCAAAUGUGACGCUUCUGCCUUCCCUCUUUAAAAUGAGGGUGACUGGGGUCACUUGCUUCACGAAGGCCCUGCAAGAGCAACCCCUCCAUGAAGAGUCUGGAAGGUUCUAAUGGCCUUGAGGCCAUGGGGGAACUGCUGCUGGGUAGCAAGGACCAGUGUGGACUACAGAAGGGAUGGGCAGUGUGUCUGGAAUGGCCUCCUAGCCUGAACUUCCUCCCUUCAUUGCUGCUGGCAAGGGGAGUAAGGAAAGAGCCAUACUCGGAACCCUUCCCACCCAGCCCCCCACAAGUGCCAGUUCAAGUCCCAAAGCUAGCCUUCUUCAGACAUCUGCUUUCUGCUGAACACACCAGGGAGGAGGCCGGGGCCUCAGAGCCUCUUCCUUAUGAAAAAUACAACAAGGAAAAUUGGAUGCAGCAGCUGGGGAGCCGUGCAGAGGCAGCAGGGAAGGGCUCCAGUGGGCAUGGCGGCCUGUGUCCCCCAAGACCCAGAUGACAUGUCACAGGGCAGGGUCAGGGCUGCAAGGCCUUCCGUGAGCCACGUUCCAUACUCAGAGAGUGGCGCAGGUGACAGCAGCUGAUGCCGAGGCUGGAUGGAUGCCAGGGUGAGCACUAACAAGCAAUUCACAGGGUUUCCAGAGAGCAGAGAGAGGAGGUAUUUUUUUUUUUUUGUAAGGAGGAUAAAAAGGCUCAAAAAUGCAAAUCAUUACCGUUUACAACCAAGCGAGUCUGCUAAAUUGAUUAGAAGAGAUUAAACUCCUUGGGGGUGAAGGGAAAGGGGGAUUUUUUUUGUGGGUUACGAACCUGCCCCAAGUGGCUGCCCACACAGCAGGCAUUUUCCGGGCCUGAAUGGGAGGGGUAGCAGUUGUUCCUGCCCAGAACCCUGAGGAGCUGGCAUCUCUAAGGACUGCUUGGAUUGGAGAGCUCUCGCCAGGGCCACCAGGACAGGCAGAGUCAUGUUGCUGGGACAAGUCAUUCAGCAACUGUACCAGUCCCUGGGCAGACUCUGAUCCUGUCUACUAGGGUCAGUCUGCCUUGAGAGAUGGCAAGCCACAUCUGGAUCAGAGGAAGCAGCCUGUGCCAUCACGUAGAGACUAAGACUUGGAGCCAGAAGAUGUCCUGCAUCCUUAUGCUAGGGAUCCGCUGCUCUCUGGGGCCAAAGAGUGAGGCCAGCUGUAAAGAGAAAACUGAAGGCCAGGGGAGACAAACGGGCCCAGCAGAGGAAGCAGCCAGUGAGCUCUGUCCCAUGAGGCAGCCAGGCAUUAUCAGAGGAUGUGAUGAUCUGCUUUCCAGCCUGACAACCCCCAGGACAGGACAUACACAGACACCUUUCCCCAGUCUGUGCUCAGGUGGUGGGGUGGGGAGGCAGGGUGACAGGACACAUGAUGGGCUCAGUACUCCAAGCCCCAGGAUGUCCCUGGACUUGUUCCCUCAAGUCCAGCUGCCCCACACCCAGAGUAACCCAUAGUCUCCACACUGCCAGCCUGUCCAUCCAUCAUCAUAGCCGGCUGACGGUGCCUGGGGCUCUGUUCGAACACGCACCAUGUUUUAGGCAUUUGCUGAUUCUUUUGAAGUGCUCCAGCUAUUUGUAUGAAAUAUCCACAUUUAUUCUUUAAGAACAACUGACAAAAAGAGUCCUUUUCCUCUCUUCCUAGAUUUCAGGCUUUUUUCUUUUUCUCCACCCCAUCCCCACCAUGAUGUUUUGAGCCUGGCACUGAACCUCUGAUCCUCUAACACUACCUCCUUUGAUUUUUUUUUGGGGGGAGGGGGGGAAACAGGAUCUCAUGUAGCCUAGAUUGGCCUCAAACCCUCUAUGUAGCUGAGAAUGACCAUGGAUUUCUGAUCUUCCUGCCUCUACCUCUUUCAGAUUUUAAUGUAUUUUUUCUCUGAUUCUGAGAAUUUCAUCAUCCCUGGGGUCACUCCCAUUUUCUCAUCAUACUGGGGUUUGCAGGGCAUGUCACACAGGGGAAGGGCACCAGCUCUCUUCAUGUCUCCCCUGACCUGUGUGCAGGUAACUCUCUAGUCUGGGGCUGUUCCUACUUCUGGAAGCCUCCCUGGGUUCUCUGAAACCACUGUCAAAAUUCCUUGCCCCUGAAUUGUCCAGCUUGUACCAGGAAAUAAAUGUGGGUAUCUGGUGGGCAGUGUGCCUGUUGGGUGGCUGGAUCAGCCCCCCGCUUCAUACAGCCCCACUCCCAAGAUCCCGUAGCCAUCAUAGUCAAGGCAUCAGCUACUCCCUUCUCCUACCUGCCCUUACCUGGGGUCACUGAGGACCAGCAGGGGACCUGGCUCACCUGGGCAGCUCCUCCCAGAGGCUUCCCACCCCACUUGGCUUCAGAAUUGGUGCAUCUCCAGCAGAUGGGAAAUGAAGAUUCAGUGAGAUCUGGCAGCAACCACAGCCUGAAUGGGUGACUCAGUUUCCCUUCUCUAAGAUUUGCAUCAGUGGCUGAGGGGGAUUGGCAGAGAACUAGAGACCCGGGGGGUGGGAGAAGAAACAAGAUCCAAGGCAACAGCCUGCCUUGCCUGCCACCCCUGCAGAGACUCCCCGCACCCCAGCCACCCGCCUGGAGGAACUAAUCAGACUUUCUCUUCAAGAUAGAAAACAAGCGCGACAUGAACCGACAAUCAAAGCCGCAGCAGGCCCAGGCUGCCGCUGCUCAUUCUCCCAAGGGCCCAUGGUUCCAAACCUCUCACCCUGCCUUGGAUGGAAGACAAGGUAACAGGUCCUCCAGCAGACCCCUCUGGUAACCAGUUCCAUCUUUGAAGGUUGUGGGCACAACAUGGCCACACCAAACCCCAAAAUAGCCUUAGGUAUUCCCCCCAGCCCAGCAUGACAAACCUGAGAACAGCCGCAACCACUAAGCUACUUGGCCGUGCAGGGUAUAUUGUAAGAAUGAGGCCCUGGUAGUCUUCCAGCCCCCCCCCCCAAGAGGCUGGGGGGAGGGAAACCAUGGGCCCACUGCUGGCGGUUGUCAUCUGAGAGGAAAAGGGGGAGAGAGUACUAAAAGCUGGGAGGCAACAAACCAGGCUCUGGAGAGCUGUGCUUGUGUUGGCUAGGGACACCAGCAGGUGUGAGCAGGGAUCCCAAAGGCCCAGGUUGCCCCAAAGGACCCCAUUCCUAUCUAAAGGCUGCAGAGUGGAGGUUUUGGCAGGGCCAUCCUCCCAGUGGCAUCCUCGUGAGCAAAGAGUGCUUGCUGGUGUUGCCAAGUAAACUAGGACAGGUAUUGGAAAGUAUAACUGGUCCCGGGUUCUGAGGGGACCCCUGGCCAGCCUCUGGGGAAUGGAUGGGCUCUUCCCUAAAGAAGGUGAGGUGCCUGCCAGCCCAUUGGAGAGAGGCAGGCCCCUGAACCACCAAUUUCCCAAGCCCGUGGCCUGCCCCACUACAGACUUAGCACCCUGGGGCUCCGUGGCUGCUCGCUCCUCUCUCUUUUCUUUUUCUCUGAAGGGCAAAGCUGUCUCGGGGGUCUGACUGAUAGCAACGCCCCUGCUGCGGUGGCUGCAGUCUGGGAACUGGCAGGCAGAUGAAGCCCUGGUCCCUGGGAGGCCUGGGUAUGCUCAGCCUCAUGGCUCACCUGCUUCUCUACCACCAGACAGGGGUUUUCCAGAAAACAAUGACACAAACAUACGACCACCACGACGACAACACAAACCAAAGUGCACUCCAAACCGCCCUUUGGCCUCCUUUAAUGUAGGUGCCUUGAACUUCAAUGUUGAGACGAAUGUGACUAACUACUUGGUCCUAUUUUAUGUUUGUCUGUUUCAUAUAAAAUGUCCAAGUCCACCUGCCUUGUCCUUUCUUGAAAUAAAUAGAAAAAUUUAACUUUUACGGUCAUCUCGGCUGCUGACUCCGGGCUCCGCAGGCCAGCACAACAGGAGCCAGGUGGCUGGAAUGUUCCUCCUGAGCAGUCCCAGGCCUUGGGUGGGGGUGGGGGUGGGGUGGGCUCUGCUGUUGGGGUCCAUUGGCACAGAAUAGCAGCCAGAUAGGAUAGAGACUCUGGGCUUAACAAGUUUCCUGGGCAGAAGCCAACAUUCAGUGUCCACUGCAGAGCCAGGUACGGUGGCACACCGAGGUCCCAGCACUGGGGAAGUGGAAUCAGGAAGGUCAGGAGUUCAAGGCUGUUGGUGGACACUUAGUGAAUAUGAGGAUAGCCUGGACUCCUUGAGAAACAAAACCUCUUUAAAGAUUCUGUGAUGAGCAAGAAAAGGGGGCUUGGAGCAGGGAGACCAGCUGCACCUGAAGCUUUUUAAGUCAGCCAAGCGGGGCGGCCCGGUGCCGCAUGCAGACGGGCAGAGGGUCUUCACUUGGAGAGUUAUUAAUAAAAGCUGAGGAUUAUCCGCUGAGAGGCUCCGGCAACCAUGUGGACACCCAGAUAAGAGCAGAACUGUCCUGGCAUUUGGGGAUGUGCUUGUUCCACAACCCCAGGGUUCUUCCCCUCCAGGUGCCCCUUGUUCCCGACAGGCACCCACCACAUCCACAACUCCAGGGGCCUCAACAGUGUAUCUC